GGGAUAACGUGAGCGUUUGGGGAUGGGGUAAGGUUUUGGGGUGUCUGCGCGCUCGGGGGAUGUGUGGAAGGCCUUGUCAGCACAAGGCAGAGCCCCGGGUGGGGGCAUGCGUGUGUUUGCUUCUGAGGUGCCCGGGUUUAUUGAAGAGUGUGGGAAGGGGGUUCCUCUGGGGAUUUUAGGAUGCUUAAUGCGGGGGAGGAGAGGUGUGAGUGGGGAGUAGUUCUGUAUAAUGUGAGUGGAACAGGAUGGAGGUGGGAUGGGUCCUUAGGUGGGCUCCUGAAGGGACAGGGAUGAGCUGCUGGGCUUGGGGAAGCAUCAGGAUUGAGGAGGAUGGGGUGGGUGGAUAUUUGGGAACAGGUGAAUUUGGUGUUUCUGAGAGAUGAAGGUGGAGCAGAGCCUCAGAGCAUCACAGAGUUGUUGCAGUGUGGUUUGGAGAAUUGUCUGUUGGAAUAGUGGGAGUGAUGUGGGAGCUGGAUGCUGGGGUUUGUGUGUGCUUCAUUUCUGGUAAUCCACAGGAGUGUGUGCAGACAGAUUUGUGAUGGUAAGGGCUUUUUCCACAUGCUUCCCCUUGGGGAUAAGAGUAAGCCUGUAGGAUUUAUAGGAGCCUAAAAGCUCUGGAUAUGCACAAAUCCUGUGUUACAUUUUGAGAUAGCAGUGUGUUUUCAAAUUGCUUUUAUUCACUGCUCAGUCUGGAAGGUGGGUCUGGGGUGUCUGUAGCUGCUCAGCACUGCUGGGGGCUUGGAGGCAGCUCAGCUGGGAAGGAUCAGGUGGAUACUGGUGCAGUCUUAGAAAAUGGGAAAUUUUACACUGGUCUGGAUUUGGUUUUUUACAUAUCUGAGAAAAAGAUAAACUCCACUUUGUGAUCCCUCAGGGAGGUGAUAAAUCUCCCUCAUGAACCACAUCCUUGUUGGGUGAGACCCAAAGCAGCACUGGAGCUGCAGCUCAGGUUUUGUGUUUGAUGAGUCAACCUGAAUCUCUUUCAUGUUCAUCCCACCUGCAGCUGUCCAGGAUUCCCUCUGGAGAUUACCUGCCUGAGGAAGGAUGCUUUAGGGCAGUAGUUGUGGUCAUAGAUCAAGUUGUCAAGUGUCCAAAAAAUUUCACAUUCUGCAUCAGGGCCAUGGGAACAUCCACUAAAGCUUUUGGCUCUUCCUUCAGCAGGAAGGUCAGAGCUGGACAAAGCAGAUAGGGUUGAAGCUGGACACCUCCAGAGAGCAGGGAAAUGUGUCUGAACAGGGAAAGAAUACUUGAGAGAAAUCCUGGUCACAUAUUUUGGGAGCAGUGUGCCACUCUUGGAAUGAAACCUGCUGUUGCUGGUGAGAUAAUUUCUGAAAGAACCAGGUUUUUGAUACAAUCUCCUUUAUGAACUCUGCACUACUUUGCAUUUGCUCUCACAGCCUUUUGAGCAGAUUGUUUUCUAAGUCCAGGCAAUCAGGCAGGAGUUUGUUGAGCAUUUGGGGAAGUGUGGCCUGGUGAGUUGGGUGUAAUCUUCUUACCCAGAGGAGCUUGUGUAACACACAGUUAAGUGCAGGAGGUCUGAUUGAGGCUGCCCAAUAAUCCCUGCUCAGCCAGGGGAGAGUUGGCUGCUCCUUGGGAAGUGAGGGAAGGGGGAAUUGUGCUCCAGGUCACUUAGAUACACUCAGGAAUGGUUUAUUCUAAGAUUGGGGGUGUUAAUGUGAGUCUUGCACUAGGCAGUUUUACUCUGAAGCAUUGUUGGAUGUACAGGUGCUUCAAGAAAUGAAAAAAAAAACAACUUUGUUUCCUUCAGUCCUAAAGUAUAACCUGUUCUUCUGAAAUAAUUGCUUGAAAUACUUCCCAAGGUUCUGCUUUGUGCCAGAUGCUGCCAUGAUGUUAUCACUUGUGAACUCUGCAAGAUUGGAAAGCAGAGCCUUGAGUUCAUUGUCCAAGUUCAGAGCCAAGGUCAAAGAGCUGCCACGUCCUGGCAGUGGCAGAUCUUUGGGCUGCUGAUGGUGAGCAAACAGAGGGACUGCAGGAGGAAAGGGCAGCCAGGAUGACACAGUGACAGCACUGAGCCACCUGCCUGCAGGCACACCUUGAUCAGCUGUGACACUUUGUGCUUGGGCACAGGUGACGUGGCAGAACUGGCUUGCAAGUAGUUAAAAUUCCAAGGGCAGUGCCAUUGGUGGCUGUCACUUGCCAAAACCACACAGCUCUGAACAUCUUCUGCUGGGAGAGCAGCAAGGGCUGUGCCAAAGGAAAACCCAAGACCUCUUUUUCUGAGGAAGGAGAGUGGAUUCCUUUCUCCAGUGAAGCCUGGCAUUUAAUUUGGAAGUUUUCCUGGAUCUUUCUUUCCCAGACCAAAGGAUCCCUCUGAUGGGCAGCUGGCAGCAUUAGGCACUGCAGCAGGAAGAGAUGAUAUGAAGUGCUGUUAAUCCUCUGACACCGUGCCCUGGAUCCUCAUGGUAUGUCUGAAGGACACAUCUCUGCAUGUUCUGAAUAUGCCAGGUGAAGCCCAAGAAUAACUUUCCACGGGAGUUUGUGACCUCUUAAAGAGGAAGAAGUCAAGAGAGGGCAACUUUUAUUCUAUAUUUAGCCCUAGGUUGUCCUCAUGAAUACUCCCGUGGAGAAUGUCCAUGAUCUUCUUUGCCUGUGUGGUGAGGGUGAGGGAUGGGCUUCCCCUCUCAGCCUCCACAGAUUUCCAUCUCAACCAGGACUUUCUGGAGUGCAGGAAGAGGCUGAAGGCUCUGUCCUCCAUCCUGGCGCGGUAUCCCAGUCGGGGCACGGCCAAAGGACGUAACCUCAGCAUCCAUUUCCUUUCUUCUGGGGAUAUUGCCUGCAUGGCAAUCUGUUCCAGCAGCUACUCAACCAUCAUGGCCUUCUGUUUCCUGGAAGAGCUUCGCUGGGAAUUUGCUGCUUCCUACAACACAAGGAGCAUCAAUUCAGCUUCCAGACCAUAUGCUUUUAUUGAAUUUGAUAACACCAUUCAGAAGGUGAAACACCAUUUCAACAGCAGCCGUGGCUCCAGGGCCAAGGGCAGCUGGGAGAGGGUGGAGGAGGAGCUGAAGCUGCAGCCCCCAGUGCAGCUGCAGCUGGAGGCCACGGAGCUGCUGAACGGGCUGAGCAACGGAGGGCACGCAGGAGGCCAUGUGGAGGUUGUCCCUACUUACAGAAUGCAGCCUGUGACCCCCCUGGGGAUUCUGUCACUCGUUCUGAACAUCAUGUGUGGAGCUCUGAACCUCAUCCGAGGAGUUCACCUGGCAGAAUAUUCCUUUCAGGAGGACCAUGAAGGAAUUGGAAAUGUGAUAGCUUUUUUUCUACCUUUUCUAGCCUGUAUUUUUCAGUGUUACCUGUACCUCUUCUACAGCUCAGCCAGGAAGGUGAAGACAUUUGUGCUCCUUUUCUGUGUCUGUUCAUGCAACAUCUACUUGUAUGGAUUGAGGAACCUCUGGCAAAUCUCCUUCCACAUAGGAGUGGCUUCUCUUUCCUCUUACCAGAUCCUGACAAGGCAGCUCCUGGAGAAGCAGCCUGACUGUGGUGUAUGAAAAAAACUAAAAACAAACUUGGGGUUUGCUACUCUGUUUUUAUAACUCCUUUUUUUUGUAUUCACCUGGCCAGAAAUAGCUCAGAGUGUUUUUUAACCAUCCAUGGCAAUGGUUAUUGCAAGGAGAACAGCUCCAAGCAACCUGGGAUAAGCAGGAUCCUGUAACUAUGUCCUGCACAGGGCAAGGGGUGCAGCUGUGUUUGACAUGGUGCAUGGUGGAGCUUGUCAGGUGUCACCACAGAUGGAAGUUCUUACCAUCAGCAGGCUUCUCCUCCUUGGCUGCCACCAUCCAGACAGCAUUUUGCCAUUUGUCCCCCUGGCUCUGUGACAGCUUGGCAGGUCAGUCUUGCCCUGCUGCUGCAAAUUUGUGUAGUAAAACAAGGGUAAAGAGAUGGGUAACAUUUCUGUUUCUAGAUUCUCUUGGUAAAUGUGAGUAAAGGAGUUGUUUGCUAUAAUUAGGUGAGUGCAGAAUCAGUGGGAAAAAUGCUGAGGGUGAGCUUCAGGGUCAUUCUAGAUUUGGAAGGACAGGGAAAGGCUGGGGCUCUUUUAUAAACCAUAAAGUCUAUAAAUAUCUCCUUGGCUGAACAGCACAUUGCAGUUUGGUGUGUGCUCAUGGGUUAAUGGCAAAUAUGCUUGGGGCAGCAGAAAAUAAUCCCAGUGGGUGUAAGUGAUCUGUCAGCUCUUGUGGCCUUUGUUUCCUUGGCUAAGGUCACUUUUAGGAUAAGGGCAAUUCCAUGUUUGCUUGGCCUGCUUGGGUAAUAAAUCUUCCAAACCUAUUUAUGACAGGCCACUGUCUCCUUCACCUUUUUGUAAUAAAAUGAGGAGCUGGUGGCUAGAAAGCCAUUUCCAGGAAUGGAAAGCAAGAGCAGGUUCUCUUUGUUCUGUAAAACACCUGUGGUUAAUGGUGGUGAAUUCUUACACUCAGAUUGAGUUUCUGGGCGUGCACUUUGGAACUGGGGACUGGAAUUCCCAACCUCUGCUGCACUGGCUCUUCUGCUCUCUCAUGGAUCCAGGUGCACAGGGGCAUUUUAGGGCAUAGAUGAAUAAUUUAGGCUGGCUGUUAAAAAAAAUGCAUAGCAGUUUGAUGCAGCUGUCCUUGAGGGCUUGUAGAGAUUCAGACUGUAAGUAUGUUAUUGUGGAAUUAUGGUCCUAAAAUUUCCUUUUUUCUUUUUUUCUGGUCAUCCCCAUUUCUUUCACCAAAGAUUUCUUUUUCCUCUCACAGAGUCUCUACCUCUGGUUGCAAAGAGAUUAACAUGCAGCAGAGUUGUCUUUUUUUGCAAGAACACUUGACAAAAUUACUUGCUUUUGUCUCAGUGAGUUUUCCUGGAAUCUCAGGAUGCAAACAUGAAGAUCAGACCACAAAUUUGUAGUUGCUGAACUUUGGAAGCACUUCUGGAUGCAGCAGACUGCAGCAGCAGCAUCCAUAGGCAGCUCAUUCCAACCUGGACACUUUCUAGGACAUCAGGAGACUUAGUGCCAGAGCUUUUCCCAGGAGGAAAAUGUAGGAAUUUCUUUUUCACUGGAAAAGCAAGUGGAACAGCAACGUGAUAAAAACCUCCAAAGUGUGAGGAAUAGUCUGGUAGGAAUGAUGGAGGAAUAUUUCAGCCAGGCAUUUAAGGACACAGCUGGAGCUGUGUGCCAUGAGGGAAAGGUUUUCUGUUCUAAGGGAGGGGAUUAAAUUGGUUUGUCUGUCAUUGUCCCAGUUUUCUGUCAGGCUGCAAGUGGAGAAAUGAAGUCACAAUUCAAGCACUGUCCCUGAGACACCAAGAUGACCCCACAGAUGUGAGGGGUGUUGUGCUGCUCUUAAUUUUCAUACUGCUCAUUCCCAGUUUUCCCUGGUAAAUCACUUCUGGAGACUGAAGGGAACUCAGCCACUCAGAGUUUGGAUUACAAGUUACAAAAAAAAAAAAAGUUACAGGUUUGGAUUACAAGUUUAAAAAAAAAUCUGCAAAAAGAGCACCCCAAACAUCUGACACUAGAAAUUUAACAGUUUAAGGAUCAUGGAUCUGGUGACUGGUGGUGUUUUCCAGGAGCAUCAAUUGAUAUCAACCCCCUGGAUUCCUGUGGGGAAAGGAUGAAGCAUUUUAUACAGACAGACAAAUCUUCAUGAAAAGGACUUCAGGACAGGAGCCAGCUCCCUGCUCCUGCCUUUUUAUCCUCACUCUGGCUAAAGGUCCAGAAGAGCUUUUCCUGUUUCUCCUGGGCUUGGCUGAAGCCAGCCCUCACAGAGCAUUUCCAGAGGGCAUUCCUCAGAGCUGACUGGAAAAGUUGAGACAUUCCUGCUGCUUCCCCAGCAUCCAACUGCUCUGUUCUGGAACAGAUCCAUCCCUGAGCCAGGGGAUGGCAGCCACAGCUCUGCAGAGGAGGGCUAGAACAGGGGGGUCUGGAUAAUUGUGCAGUUAGCAGAGUGGAGAAAGGUUCAUUUCAGCUUUUUUUUGAAUUGGUUCUCCUAAAAACAUUUCAGUAAAAUCAAACCAAAUCAGUUGCUCAGUUCUGCUUUUGCCUAAACUUGGAUUUUUUUUGCUUUGUGGAUUUUUGGGGAAUGUGGCUGAAUCUUCAGGUGUUUUCUACCCAAUGACAAAGCUCUGUUUUGGUGUUGGUCUUAAUCCCUUUGCAACCUUUUAUUUUCCUGUAAUAGGUGUAAACCACAUAAAGGAAUCUUCAUGGUUUGUCUGUGUGCACUUCAUAGGUUUGGUUGUGGUUCCAGGAUGAGGCAGAGCACCCAAAAUUUGAUCUAUUUUUAUUUUUAAUUUGGUAUUUAUCCCAUGUCCACACAGUGUUUAUACAGUUAAACAUUUUCUCUUUGCAAAACACCACAAGGAACAGAAUAGUUUACAUUGAUCUCUGUGCUUUAAGAUUUGAUAAAAAAGAAUGACUUGCAGUUUGAGAACACAAAAUCUGACUCAUGAUGUGGCAUUUCUCCUGUAUUGAAUCAAAUCCCCAAAGAGAAAUCCAUCCCUUUUUUCAGCUUUAAACUGGUUAAUGUGGUUUGAAUUGCAUCUUCUUCAUUCUGUCACUUUGCAAGGGAAGUCUUUUGGAAACUCUUCUCCUCCCCCAGCAGCUCAGCACAAGCAAAUUGGCAAAGAAUAAACUUCAAUAAUUUCCAGGUUUGCUUAGUCAGUGCUUAGUCACUUUAUGAAGCUGGUAAUUCUCUGGGUUUUUGGUUUUUUUCCCUUUUUCCCAAAGAUCUGUUGAGUUUGUAGAAGGUGGGCUGGUACCUUUUUAGACAUUUUUUGCACUGUAUUAAUAAUUGAACCUGUGUAAAUGUGUAUAAAAUCAUUUUGCAUGUAUGUGUAUAUAUGUACAUAUAUCUAAUAAAUGGCUUUUU